UGAGAGAGAGAAAGGGAGGGGAGGGAAACACUGCCAGCAGUCUGUUGGAAGGAGGGAGUGGCUGUGUGAGGGAAUGAGAAAGUAAAAAGACGUGUUUGAUCAGUCACACCUGACAACUCUCCGACUGCACUGCACAAAACAGGAAGCGUGUCCACACUAAAGGAGAACCACGAGCCAGCAGCAACCAAAGAGACACAACAGAGUGAAAAACAUGAGGGACACGGCAAAGAGAGGAAAUGCAGAGAAGAAAACUAUGGCAGAUGUCUCAUGUCCAGCAAAUGGGAAAAGAGCUUCUGAAAGCCGAAAAGAGGAUGACGGCUCGUUUCCCGUAAAGAUUCAGGGUGCGGGUGUUGACGCCUUUGAGCUGCAGGUUAAUGGAUUCUGGCUGGUCCAGGACACCAUACUGACCUUACUGGGCAGGGAGGAGGUGGCACCACGCACGUCUCUCUCUCUGGCCCUGUCAGGUGUGACCCUCGACCCCAUGGCAGAGCUCCAGGACGUCAAGGGUUUCAAAGCAGGAGUCACUCUUCGUCUAGUGGAAGAGUCGUACUCCCCACGGUCUGCGCAGGCACACCUGGCACGUGUGCAAGAGAUGCUGAGAGCUGCCGGACCCCAAGAUGCCUUGAUUGAGGGUCGAUCGCCCAGCGUACUGAACACACUCACCCAAACAUCUGAAGCUCCUCCCACUCUCCACUCAUUCAAAAACAGACGAGCCAAUAUUAAGGCAGAGCAGACAUCUGAAGCCCCACCGCCACCUGCAUACAUCUUGCCUGGAGUUUCAGAACUUCCUCCUCUAACAACCCUGCUGCCUACCAACACACACAGCGAAGCUCCCAGUUACAUACUCGACCUGUCACUCAGCUGUUGGAAUCCGCCCCCUGGCUUCAGGAAACUGCAGGGCGACUUCCUGUACAUCAGGGUCCACACUCUGGAGGGCAAGCAGUGUGAAAUCACUUCCUGUCCACGUGGAUUUUACCUGAACAGGUCGACUCUCGAUGUGUUUGACCCUCGUCCCGCCCCGUCCACUCCAGUGUGUCACUGUCUGACCGAUCUUCUUUCUAACAUCAGCCCACAGUUUAAACACAACUUCAGCUUGCUGCGACACAGGCCUUCACUACCAGCUGAGGAGGUGCUGUCCACUCCGCAUCGAACACUCAGCUGGCUCGGCAUCUCUUCUCUUCACUCGCACAAAUCCAGCUUCCGCGGAAGACUUGGUCUGGAACAGGGACUCAGUACACAGGCCCCUGACUGGAAUAAAGAACUGCAAGCGGCCAGAGAUCUUCCACAGAGAAGUCUUGAGGAGAGACUGCAAAGAGACAGAGCCUUACUGCAGGUAAACAGUGCGUUUGUGUGGGCAGUCGCUCAGGCAGCAGAGAAGGUGGUCGAUGGUUUUGUCGAACCGAUCAACGGUUCUUGCGAUGACCCAGCAUUCUUACUGGGUGGAGUGUUUUUGAGUAUGCCAACACACAGUGAGGAGUGGCUGGGUGGAGAGCGAGGUCACAGGGCCGCUCAGCGCCUCGAGCUGCGAGGAGUUCAAGUUUACAGCGACCUGGAAGGAGACCUCCAAAACCUGCACACCAUCCCCACCGCUCUGGCGGACUACCGCGGUGUCCGGCUCUCGGCACAGGGAUUGGCUCCUGGCCUCCAGGGCCCCGAGCAGGCUGAAGUUCCCAAUGGCCUGUUAUACGGCUUCAGCGCGGGGCCCCUGGAAAAUCCAGCAAGACGGAAACUUCUAGAGUUACUGGCCCAGUCGGCAAAGGCGCUCGCUUUGCAAAGACAUGUGGUCCUGGGGCCCACAGGACAUCAGUUGCCCCUUUUUACUUCUGUAGAUGCCCAAGGCAUACUGGGAGCUGAUGGUCGGUAUUAUCUGCUGGAUGUGUACCGUACCAUGCCAGCCGAUGCCAACUUCCUUGAGGAAGGUGGUGAUGGAGUAGAAACAGAACAUGAGGAGGGGAAAGAGGAGCAUUUUCCCAGACGGUAUCCUCACGUUUUGUGUCGUUUACGACCGGAGCUGGUGAAGGCGUUUGUUCAACACAAACAUGCUCAGUUUACGAAGCGAGUGAAAGAGCUUAUGGAAGAGAGCGGAGGGGUGGAUGAGUGUAUAAAAGCUGGUGAUUCUCGGAGCACAGAUGCAGUUAGAGGGGCGUGCAAAGACGUUGGAUCUAUCAGUCACAUCAUCUUUGAGAUGCGUUUUAACCCUAAUAUCUUCUCUCCAGGCGUGCAGUUUCCCAGCUCCGAAAGUGAUGCCGUGGCGCUACAGAAGAGAUUACUGAAGGAAGCCGCGUCUUUCAUCAUUAACGACCAAAUACCAGCAUUUAUGAAUGACUGCGUUCAGGGCUCUGAUGUGCCCAUGGAUGGUGCUACGUUACGACAAGCCCUUCAUCAGAAGGGAAUAAACUUGCGCUAUCUAGGACACCUGAUCUUGACCAUCAGCCAAUCAAAUCUCAAACAUCAACUAAGGCACAUCACGAGGUUGGCGUUUGCUGAGAUUGUAGUGCGCUGCGCACAAAGGUUCUUCAAUGGCUACAUUCAGGGGGUGGAGACAUCUAACUUGUCUGCAGCAGCAAGCCAUUUCCUCUGCUGCUUAUUGGUUCCCAACUUCAGUUCAGCAGCCAAUGGGGAGGAGUCUAAGAAACGUUCCAGGAGGCGUGGUCGUGGAGGGGGAGGGGCUUCGGAUAGCACCGCCUGGAGUGCACUCAGUGGGAAUGAACUGUGGAGUGUGAUCUGUCAAGAUGCUCAGGAGACCUACAGACUUAAAGAAGGACUAGGAUCAAAUAUGGACUAUCUGGUAGAGCAGUACGGACUCCAGAAGAUAUCCUUGUUGAGGGAGAUAUGCUUGAAGACUGGCAUUCAGCUCCGUCUCAGAGAAUAUGUUCUUGACAACCGUAACAAAGCGCCUAUCUCUCCCGAUGACGUGCUCAACAUUCUGCCUGUCAUCAAGCACAUCACCAUGACAACAACCGAUGCCACACGGAUGUUCCAGGCAGCUCAGCACAGCCUUCAGAAAGGGUUAUUGGAGCAGGCGUACGAGCAGCUGAAAGAAGCGUCGUAUCUCUUCGGUCGUGUGUGUGAUGACCUUCACCCUGAAGCCUGCCAUUGUCUUAGUCUCCUGGCAAAAGUGGCCUAUUUACAGGGCCAUGCUGCGGAGGCACGUAGCGUGCAGCUGAGGGUCGUGGUCAUCAGCGAAAGAGUUCUGGGCUUUGACCAUCCCAACACCAUUCAGCAAUACGUACUUUUGGCAGUCUAUCUGUUUGCUGGAGGGGAAACCGCUCUGGCUCAGCGCUGCCUGUAUCGUGCCAAAGUUCUUCUGUUGACGGUUCAUGGAGCAGAUCAUCCUUACACUGCAGUCAUAGAUGCUUCUCUAGGAUUGGUUCUUCAAGGAGAGCAGUCCCUACGGUACAUACAGAAUGCACUGAAACUCAAUGGCUCUUUCAGAGGAGAAACAGACCUGACAACAGCUCUGACUCACCAUCUGCUGGCUCAGAGACUGUGUGUAACUGGUGACUACAGAGGAGGGAUGAACCAUGAGAAAGAAGCUCACAGCAUCUUCCAGGACAAGUGGGGUGAAAAUCAUCCACAAACCAAAUGCAGCUCAGACUUCCUAAGAAAUAUUACCCAGCAGGCUGUACGUGUGGAGCGGUCAAUUCGUCAGGGAGGCGUGGAGCUUUCUGAUACGCUGCCUGAGAGUUUGGUUCCCUCUCUGGACACUACAUUGGAACAACUUGCUCUGGUCAAUGGCAUACUGAAGACUUCAUACAGCACGAGAAUAAUGGAGUUCAAAGAGAAACUGAAAGAGCGGAAAGCAGCAGAAGAAGCUGAAAAGACCAAAUCGGAGAGCUCUGAAUCAAUCAAUGAGAACGAAGCUUCAGAGCCGCAAGCCAGUAACGGAGAAGUUACUGGGGAUGCCACGUCCAAUGGGGAACAGACGAAAGAAGCUGCCGAUGCUUCAGAGAAGUCGGACCACUCAAACAUGAAUGGCGAGAUCGAGUCCCACAUGCAUAACAGAGAUUGUGGCACACAAAACAAAAGCGAUGAUGAAGAACAUCGGUCAGACAUCUCCAAAUGUGUCCCAACUGAAAGCCAAUCAAAAUCAUCUUGCAUUAUGUUGUCAUCAAAUGAAGCACAGUCAGAAUCAGCUGUGGUAAAUGGUAAAGAGUGUGUUGUGAGCGAAGGAGAUUUGGAGAAACGGGUGGAGACAGAGUGAGAUGUUCAGUGAGAAAUAAUAAGAUCUCAGAAAGUGAGAUUUUCAGUUCUUUCAAAUACUUUGACAGACAUAAACAUGACUGUAUGACCGCCCAAAUUGAGUGGUUUUUUUUAACAUAUAACACGAGAGGAAAUAUGAAAUGAAUCCAAUAAAAUGUUUGACCAAAGUCCCGUUUCUGCGUGUGAAUGUCUGUUACACAUGAAACUUGUCGCUUUUAACUCAUUUGCACUAGCAACACAUUUAGCUUCUGUAAUGUUACACAUUUCACAGCAAAACUGAAUAUUCAAUAGGAAAUAAUGUAGGGCGAGACUUGAAUUCAUCCAUUAGAAUUUGACUGGGAUUUCCCAAUUGGUUAAUGUUGUUUUCCCUGCCUACUUGGCAUUGUUUCAGAGGUUUUUUUUUUUUUUU